AUGUUCCAAUUCCGUCUCCCACAAUUCAACUGGUCUCUGCCAACGGGCGGCGGCAUCAAACUCCCCAAAGCCGAAGUGCACGAUGUAGAAGAGCGACCAGAGAAGCGAGCACGAACGCUCAAACACCUCCUCAAAGCCAACCAUAUCAAUCAUAGCGUGAUAUACAAUAAUCUACGCUUCCACAACCAUCUUCCACACAUCCUUGGCUCAGCAUACAUUCUCGGUGCCGACAGCGAUCAGAUCAACCAUAUCUACGAGGCAGAAAGCAGACAUCUCGAGCCAUGGCACGACAGUCCUGGCGAGAUCUCAGAGCAUGACUGGCGAGAUUACUUGGGGAAAAGAGAGUAUCAGAGAGCGUUUGUGGACUUCUUCGAGGAUCAACUGGUGAAACAUGGCUAUGAUUGGCAAGAAUUACUGCAUGAGUUCCUGCUACAGGGCAAAGAGCCGCUCAUCAACAACCUGAUAGCGGGUCUGGGCCACCCAUUGAUACAUAUGGGCUAUGCGCAGGAGAUUGGAUCGAGGACCGUCGCCAUCGAGUCACUGGCUCUCGCGGCGUGCUUCUACAAUGAAUGGCACGUCUAUCUGGAUGACCCGAGGUAUACCAAGCCUGCUUCCAACCCCACGGACUCGCUUUUUACGAUCGUAGAUCGCAUAUCACGAGACAACAAAUUCGAUGGCUUAUUCGAUCAUCAAGGCAGCGACAAUAUCUCGACUCUACUCGCGAACCCAGAAGCCUCGGCUGCAGCACUCGAAUACUGGAACACAUGGGAACUGAAACGACCGAAAGAACAAUUCGCCGAAUCGCAGAAACUAGCAGUAGCUCUACUAGUAGCCGCCCAGACACCCAAGGACGACAGGACAGACCAUCCCUACGACUUCUUCGCCGUCCACCUCCUCACAUCGUCUCACGCAGUGCGGGUCCUCCUACCACUCCUACCAGCGAGAUUCCACCUCCAAUUCAUCCGACAGUGGUGGCUCUUCACGCUCCUCGUCUACAUCGCCCAACUCCGGCCCCACAUCAAUAUCGACACUAUCAAGCUCGUUGAACUCGAAGGCCGUGACUGGAAAUGGGUUACAAAGAAGGCUCUCAAAGGCAGGUAUAGGACUGAUGCGCAUUUUGUCAAGGCGCUGAGGAGUAUGCAUGAGGCGAGCAAGACGUGGGGUGAUCCUAACCAGUUCUAUCUGAAGGCUGCGGUGAAAUUUGCGGAUGAAUUUGGCGGGUGGGGUGGUUUUGGGCCGAGGGCUGAGGCGUUGGAGGUUGAGGAGGGUGAUGGCGAGGGGAGGGGUGAGAGGAGGUAUAGUGGGCAAGGUGAUGGAUUGAUCGCUGCUUGA